AUGGCCUAUUUCUACGAACAUGCCCAAGGGGGGCAUCCUUCUCACGAGCAACUAUACUACGGGCAACAGAACUUCAGCCAGCUGCCCAUGUCCUACUUCGAGUCGUUACCAACUUCAAACUCCUCCACUCCAGUCGACCCAAGUCUGGGAUCCUACUCCCAGACGCAAUACCAGACGCCAUGGCCAGUGAACCAGACCCAUCAGAUUCAGCAAUACAUCGACGGGCCACGAACAGCCUUCUUCGUCCCUGAAUAUGCCCAGGCCUUGCACAACCUAGCCCGCCCGACUCAGGAAACCACCGCGCUACCUCCAGCUUCAAAGCGAAGGCACGGCUCUCCCUGUUCCCAGCAGACACUGUCCAGCAGCGACUCUAACAGUCCUCCCACGGAAAGCGAUGUUCUCCCGGCAACUCCCCCGGACUGUUCUGCCACUUCUCCUUUCAUGCAAAAUAAGCAAUACACUGGCGAUUGGGAAUCCCAACAGUACCAAUCCCACACUUUGCUUGGCCUUGGUAUGCAGGCAAACGUCUUCGUCAAUCCUCAUGAGGUAAACAUCUCUCAAGCCGUGUUCGAGGACGAGGUUGUUCCAGCCACUUUCAGCAACAGCCGAACCUUCAGCUUCUGUUCCUCGGACUCUGACGAGUCGGGCAUCCCCCAGCAAUCUGCUUUCUCGUCACGUCAACUUACACCUGAUGCCCCUGGAGCCAUCAUCAAGCAGGAGCUCCCCAUGGUUGAGUCUUCGUGCGGAACAAACUACCCCGACCCUGAACUAAGCGAUCCGGACCCCUUUAAAUCCAAGAUUGAGUUCGGCGUUUCCCUCGAAGACGACAAAGAUUCGGACUAUAAGCCUAAGCAGCAUACACGAAAGCGCUCUCGCAACGCGAAUAUCAGACCUCGGGUGCACAACUAUGGCCCACUUCAGGAAAGAAAGAGGACGAGGGUCAGCGGCAACGCCGGUGGCCUGCUCCCAACUCCAAUCAACCCGACCAUCGCCUCCACGCGGAACCCCAAGAUUCUUUGCACCGAGUGCAAAACCCCCUUUUCCGACGAGAACACUUACCAGAAGCACAUGAAGCAACACCACACCCGCCCCUUCGUAUGCGUUUUCAACUAUGCCGGUUGCCCAUCCACCUUUGCUAGCAAGAACGAAUGGAAACGCCACGUAAGCUCCCAGCACCUGGCCCUCCAAUACUGGCUUUGUAUUCAAGAUGGCUGCUCCAAGACCACCAAUCCUCCAACCAACCGACGUUCCUCCUCUUCUUCCUCUGGUUCCGUCGCGCCGACACCGCCUCCCUUGCCCAACGGCGCCAUCUUCAACCGCAAAGAUCUUUACACCCAGCACGUCCGUCGCAUGCACGUCCCCCCUCUCGUCCGAAAGGCCCAGAAGCAGAAGAAACCGACUCCCGAUUGGGAUGACCACCUCAAAACUCUCCAAGCAGACGCCGAACAGACGCGCUGCGAUUUGCCACAGUACAUGCGCUGCCCCGCCAACGACUGCGAGCACGAGUUCAACGGACCGCAAGCCUGGGACGAGCGCAUGGAGCACGUCGCGCGUCACCUCGAGCGCGCAGCCGACGGCAAGGAGCCGAUGGUCUACUUCGGCGGUGAAAACGACCCAACUCUGACACAGUGGGCGUCGAGCCGCGAUGUCUACGUCGUCCGGCAGACCAAGGCCCCUGGCGGUUGGGAGCUCAUCAACCCACUCAAGGGGGAGGUUGGCCCCUCUUCGGGCAAUGGAAAAGGGGUAAACAGUAGUAGUAAUACCUCAUCCUGCCUCAAGGAGAUCAUCGUAGCUACUGGCUCCGAUGAAGACGCUGAGGGAGAGGACGAGGAGUGA